AUGCUCUCGACGGCUUUGCGGCAGCCGUGUGCGCUGUCCAGAGCCGGCUUGACCUCUGCGACCCGCCAUGUCCGCAAUGGUCGCCUCUUCUCGUCGACAUCUGGCCGUCGGGCCGACCAAGCUCUGAACAAAACUUCGUCCGCCAUCACACAGCCCAAGUCUCAGGGUGCCUCGCAGGCCAUGCUCUACGCCACCGGACUGUCCGAGGCCGACAUGAACAAGGCUCAGAUCGGCAUCUCCUCCGUCUGGUACGAGGGAAACCCCUGCAACAUGCACCUCCUGGACCUCUCCAAGAUUGUCCGUGACUCCGUCGCCAAGGCCGGCUUCGUCCCCUACCGUUUCAACACCAUCGGCGUCAGCGACGGCAUCUCCAUGGGAACCAAGGGCAUGCGCUACUCGCUCCAGAGCAGAGAGAUCAUCGCCGACAGUAUAGAGACGGUCAUGAACGGCCAGUGGUACGACGGAAACAUCAGUCUCCCUGGCUGCGACAAGAACAUGCCCGGUGUUGCCAUCGCCAUGGGCCGCGUCAACCGACCCAGCAUCAUGGUCUACGGCGGCACCAUCAAACCCGGAUGCACCAAAAAGGGCGAAUCCAUCGACAUUGUCUCCGCUUUCCAGGCCUACGGCCAGUACAUCACGGGCGCCAUAACCGAGGAGGAGCGCUUCGACAUCAUCCGCAACGCAUGUCCCGGUAGCGGAGCCUGCGGUGGCAUGUACACGGCCAACACCAUGGCCACAGCCAUCGAGACCAUGGGUCUGACCCUUCCCGGGAGCAGCAGCAACCCUGCCGAGGACGGCAGCAAGCGGGACGAGUGCGAGCGCGUCGGGCCGGCCAUGCGAAACCUUCUCAAGGAAGACAUCCGACCGCGAGACAUCCUGACGCGCCAAGCGUUCGAGAACGCCAUGGUGGUCGUGUCCAUCCUCGGCGGCAGCACCAACGCCGUCCUCCACCUCAUCGCCAUCGCCGACUCGGUCGGAAUCAAGCUGACCAUCGACGACUUCCAGGCCGUCUCCGACCGCAUUCCCCUGCUGGCCGACCUGAAACCGUCGGGCAAGUACGUCAUGGAGGACAUGCACAAGAUUGGCGGCACCCCGAGCCUGCUCAAGUUCCUGCUGAAGGAGGGCAUCCUCGACGGCUCCACCAUGACGGUGACGGGCAAGACGAUGAAGCAUAACCUCGAGCACGUGGCCGACUUCCCGGCCGGCCAAGACAUCAUCCGGCCCAUGAGCAACCCGAUCAAGUCCACGGGCCACAUCCAGAUCAUGCGCGGAUCGUUGGCGCCCGGAGGGUGCGUCGGAAAGAUCACGGGUAAGGAGGGCCUGCGAUUUGCCGGCAAGGCGCGCUGCUACAACGCCGAGGACGACUUCAUCGCCAGCUUGGAGAGGGGUGAGAUCAAGAAGGGCGAGAAGACGGUGGUGAUCAUUCGCUACGACGGCCCCAAGGGUGGCCCCGGCAUGCCCGAGAUGCUGAAGCCGUCGUCGGCCAUCAUGGGCUCGGGCCUGGGCAAGGACGUCGCCCUCCUCACCGACGGCCGCUUCUCCGGCGGCUCUCACGGCUUCAUCAUCGGACACGUCGUCCCCGAGGCCAUGGCGGGCGGUCCCAUCGCCCUCGUCGAGGACGGGGAUGAGAUUGUCAUCGACGCCGAAAAGCGUGCCAUUGACCUGCUGGUGCCGGAGGAAGAGAUGACGAGACGAAGGGAGGCGUGGAAGGCGCCAGCUCCCAGGUACACCAAGGGAACGCUCAAGAAGUAUGCGGCGCUCGUGAGCAACGCCAGCUCGGGCUGCGUCACGGACGGACCGGUGCAGUGA